AAGAAAUCGAUACUCGUCAAAGCCUGAUUAAACAACUUUACGUUUAUCAUAUUUGUAUCUGGACAUUGUAGAAACGUUUUGCUGACAUUUAUGUGCGUUUUCCAUUCGUUUUGAUUAUAGUCAGACCAAAUAAAUUACAAACUAUCAUGCUAUCACGGUAGAUUUGUAGGUUAAAUUCAAGGCUAUAUAUAGCAUCAGAACGUAAACAUUGCAAACUGACAAAUCAGAAAGCAUCAAAAGCACAUGUUCUUAGUAAACAAAUCCAUAUAUGGAAAACGGUAAACAUGAGCAAUUCUUUGACCUUGACAUAUCUGUCUGAAUGGAGAACCGCUGUCAGGUGCAAAUUGACAUGUAUUCAGCAUUUUCCAGAAGGGAAGCCGACGGAGAGUUUCCCAGAUCCAGUGCAGGCAAGUUUUUCGGAAAGACUACUCAAGGUGACUCCUGUAAGACGACCACCAAAACGCCGCCCAGAAUCAGAACCUCCAGUAUCAAGGAAAAAGAGAAAUAUACUUUCAGAAAUAUUUUCCAGUGUCAACAAUGAGAAUAUCAAUGAACAGCACAUAGAUAACUCUUCACAGUCAACAAAUGAAUUUUGUGCUGAUGUUUCUGUACAAACAGACUUUCAUCAAGGUAAUUAAUUGUUUUCACUUACAGUACAAAUUUACAGUAAACACAGCACAGUUUUGAAAGUAAUGCUUCCAUACUCUCCUUGUCCGCCUUAACUCUUAUUACGCAAAAAUCACACUUUGUGUAAGUCACAAAGUCACACCACUUUGCUCCUGACACAAGCAACUGGCCUUGAACUUGCCACCAGUAGUUAUGGCCAUUUUUCAACUAAACAUUGCCAUUUAUUUCAUGUAGGUGAAAAUCUCUUUUCUCAAAAACAUCACUUUCCAUUGCCUCUCUUAAUUUUAAGUCUCUACACCAGAAGGGACACUUAAUUUCUAACAGGCCAGAUUGACCAUUGCAGCAGACUUUCCCAUCUGGUGUAACAGCUUUACAUAGAAGAGUGGAUAUUCACCAUUAAUCCACAGUCAUGCACAUGGUUUCCUGUCAUUUUCAUAUAUUGCAUUGAAGCUACUGACUCUUUUGAUAACCCAUACUCUGUUGGACUAGAUUUAAAUGGUUUACUAUUCAAAAUACUGUCGACA